AUGGCAGGAACCAGUCUGGGGUCUCGCCUUUACCGACAGAUCAAGAGAAAUCCAGGCCUCAUCCCCAUGAUCGGCUUCAUCGGCCUGGGCAUGGGCAGCGCUGCGCUCUACUUGCUGCGACUCGCCUUGCGCAGCCCCGACGUCUGCUGGGACCGAAAGAACAACCCAGAGCCCUGGAACCGUCUGAGCCCCAACGACCAAUACAAGUUCUUGGCAGUUUCAACGGACUAUAAGAAGCUGAAGAAAGACAGGCCAGAUUUCUAA